CGAUCGUGAAAUUCGUAACUAUGACAUGAGUAUUUAUUCGCCAUUAUUUAAUAUCAAAAUAAGAGUGCAUCAUGUCGAUCUUACAAUUGGUAGGUUUUUAAAGGUCAUAACGCCGGUGACAUCAUAUUGUCUAUUUCUAAAGCCCUUAAAUCAUUAUAAAGUAUGCAAGGGAUGCCAUAAAAAUGCUAACCUUCGUUUACUUGUUUCCUGUCGAUAUCAGCUGCGCCUGGAGGCUUACUUAGCCAAUAUGGCGCAUGGUUGUUUAGCUAGGCAUUCAACGAGGUCGUUGACCGUAACUUGGCGCGCAAUCAAAGUGGGUAACUAGUUAGUUAACCAGCUAGUCUGGGUAGUUACAGUCAUAAACUUGGCUGCAAGUAUUCAAUGUUUGGACAAGCAUAUCAACAGCAGUCAACUGAAUGUUGAUGCCUAGCUACUCGACUUGAUGACUAGAUUUACUGGUUUCCACAUAUCACUUCAACAUAAUGGACGGCGCGGAACCGUUAUCGUGUCCAUUCUGUGAUUUCACUGACACUGACGCGGACUUCUUGACUCAACAUGUAGAAUUCUGUCACCCCGAAAAUGGUGCUUCACCUGUCCUAGAAACAGAGGAAGAUACAAAUAUUGGAUCUUCCAGAAAACCAGAGUGGUGGCAUGGUGACACGCCACUGUACACUGAUGAAGAUGCGGGGACAGAUAUCAAAUAUAUUGACUGCCCAACUGACUGCGGCGAGGCAGUCACUGAAGAUCAGCUUAUGAGCCACCUAGACCUACACCUCGCCGAGGGUCUAGCUCUGGAAGAAAUCAAAAGCUAUGAUACCAAAGGCACAGACAUGAAGUUAUCCAGAGACAUCGAAGAAGAUGAAGUACUAUCUCCCACACUGAGCAAGGUGCUGGGGAAACAAGACGGGAAACGGCAGAGAGAUGCACCAGUCAACGCAAAGGCUACGAAGCAAAAGAAGAAACCAAGGAGUGCGGGCCAACUCGGGAUUACGGAGCUAGGGCCCUAUGCCCGAGAACCAAGAAUGCCUUCGUGGUUGCGCAAGGUGCUGGAAGAUGGACCUGUUAUUACUCGGGAGAAUAAGAUAUUCCCGGACGGCACAAUACGCAAAGUUGAGACCGUCUCAAAUGAAACAUCUGGCCUUAUCCCGUUUAUUGCUCGGCUCUGCCAACAAGAUUCCUCGGUAGACCAAGCCUACCUUUGCAGUGCCAAUGUUCGGCAUAUCUUUAAAAUGCCAAAAGAAGGCGGAUUCUGUGGAUAUCGUAAUAUCCAGAUGCUUGUGUCUUAUAUCAAGGACAGUAAUUCAACAGGCUGUGAACACUUUCCAGGCAGGACCCCUUCGAUAUUAAGUCUACAGGAUAUGAUUGAACAAGCGUGGGAUAAUGGUUUCAAUACCCAUGGGCGGACAGAGACUGGGGGGAUAAAGGGCACGCGAAAGUAUAUAGGAACACCUGAGGUAAGUAUACACUACAAACUAUGGAGGCAUAGGCCAUACUAAUCACAGAAUUAUGUGAAAUAGGCUGCGGCACUGUUCCAGAAUUUAGGGAUACCGUGUCGCCCAAAAGUCUGUUCUGAGACACAAGAUGACAAGGCUUUUGAGGUGCUCUACUUGAUAGUGGCGGAAUAUUUCUUCGGUCAUAAGAUAUCUGGUUCCGGAAAGCAUGUUGUUCAGACAGAUCUCCCUCCGAUAUACUUACAGCAUGAGGGUAUGCCACCCCAGUCUUCCAAGAGGUUCUCGAUAAUUCUGGAGUCCCAUCAACUGACACAUAAAACAAUCAGGUCAUUCUAUGACAAUUAUUGGCUUUGAAGUUCGACAAGGCGGCGGCGUUAACCUUCUUGUUUUUGACCCAAUGUUCAGAACAUCACCUGCAACUUCAAAGCUGAUUGGCACACAGUUUCAUACUACAAAACCUGAAAAUUAUUUGAAAGCUUUUCGAAGAACUAGCAGAUAUUUGCGACAAUUCGACACUUUUGAACUGCUGAUGUAUGUUCCCGAGUUUCCCUUGAGAUGAUGGGUAUUAACCAGGUCAUUUCUAGGCUCGAACCAUCAACAUCGGAAUCAACAUCUGAGAUUAAAUAGGGAUUGAUUUUUAGCUGAAAUUUUGACA